AUUACCACACCAACAAUGAACGCCAAGAUGAUGAUGCUGCUAGUCCUGACGACGGUUUUGAUUGGAUCAUCCUUUGGUGCACCUCAGUUCUUCGGCCGUCCUUCCGGAUUCCGAAGACCAGGAUUCGGUGGUGGAGGAUACAAUGGAGGAUACAAUGGAGGAUACAAUGGAGGAUACAAUGGAGGUGGAUUCGCAAGACCUGGUUAUGGUGGAUACGGAGGAGCUAACAGCGCAGGUUUCGGCAACGGAUAUGUGCAAAACAAUCAAGCAGUCGGAACAGGCACCGGUGUCGCUAACGCAGGGCCAGGCGGAUUUGGCAUUGGCCUUGGUGUCGGUGCUGCUGUUGCAACUCCGAUCGGUAAUUUUGCGAUAGGAGACGGGCAGAGUGUUUCUGUUGGAAAGUAAGUUGUAAUUGCUGGCAAUCACAAAUUUACAAUUUUUGAAAACCGCUUUUAACAAAUAUCGAUUUCACUGUAAAAACAA